AGAAGAUACAGGAGGCAGAGCGCGGCGCUCGCCAGCAUCCCCAUCGCUUCGGAGCGACUCCGGCGUGUCCCGGCCCCGCCCGGCCGCCCCCUCCGCCGGCCAGCGAGCCCAGGGACCCCCUCCUGCCCCACGCCCGGCACCAUGUCUGCGGGAGGAGACUUCGGGAACCCCCUGCGGAAAUUCAAGCUGGUUUUUCUGGGGGAGCAGAGCGUUGGGAAGACGUCCCUUAUCACAAGGUUCAUGUACGACAGUUUUGACAACACGUAUCAGGCUACAAUCGGAAUUGACUUCUUAUCAAAAACCAUGUACUUGGAAGAUCGGACAGUCCGAUUGCAGCUCUGGGACACGGCGGGCCAGGAGAGGUUCCGAAGCCUGAUCCCCAGCUACAUUCGUGACUCCACAGUGGCCGUGGUUGUCUAUGAUAUCACAAAUCUUAACUCCUUCCAGCAAACAUCCAAAUGGAUUGAUGAUGUCAGGACAGAAAGAGGAAGUGAUGUCAUCAUUAUGCUAGUGGGCAACAAGACAGACCUCGCAGACAAGAGGCAGAUAACAAUUGAAGAGGGAGAACAGAGAGCCAAAGAACUGAGUGUCAUGUUUAUCGAGACCAGUGCAAAGACAGGCUACAAUGUAAAACAGCUGUUCCGACGUGUCGCCUCCGCACUGCCCGGCAUGGAGAGCAUUCAAGAGAAGAGCAAAGAAGGAAUGAUUGACAUCAAGUUGGACAAACCACAGGAUCCUCCAGCCAGUGAAGGCGGGUGUUCUUGCUAAUACAGAGCACAGGAUUGGUCAGCUUCAUUUGAUACCACACGCUUGUUGUGUUGCUUCCUAUUGGUUAGCUUCCUAA